AAAAGCCCCUAAGCCCCCCCCAGGCCGUUGGUUGCAGCGGGAGCGCUCAGGGGGGGAGGGGGCUGUCCCCCAAAGCACAGAGGGGGUCGGGGGUCGCCCCCCGAGCUGAGGGGGGGUCCCCGCGGGCCGGGGGGGCCGCGCUGACUCUCUGUGUUUCUGUUUUGGUGCCCCCCACCCCCAGUCUGGCGGAUAAAGUUAGUUCUGUGUGGGAUAAGAUCAAGAGCCUUUUCCGUAGGGACCCCCCCAAGGACCCCCCGGGCGAGGAGGGGGCGGCGCAGGAGGGGCCCGAGGACGGCGCUGGCAGCACCCAGAGCGAGAAGCCCGCGGAGCCCCCGGCAGAGCCCGAGGAGGAGCCGGGGACGUGGGAGGAGACAUUCAAGACACACACGGACAGCAAACCCUACGGACCCACCUCGGUGGGGUUGGAUUUCUCCCUGCCUGGAUUUGAGCACGUGUACGGCAUCCCCGAGCACGCCGACAGCCUGCGGCUGCGGCCCACCGAGGGGGGUGACCCGUACCGCCUGUACAACCUGGACGUGUUCCAGUACGAGGUGUUCACGCCCAUGGCUCUGUACGGCUCCGUGCCGCUGCUGCUCGCCCACCGGCCCCGCCUCAGCCUCGGCCUCUUCUGGCUCAACGCCGCCGAGACCUGGGUGGACAUCGGCUCCAACACGGCCGGCAAGGUCCGGCAGGGGGUCUGGGGGGGUUUGGGGGAGGUUUUGGGGCUCCUGGGUCGAGGGACACUGGGGACAGGACACCAGUAUGGGAGAUUGACUGGCACGCAGGCUCUGCCCCCCCUGUUCUCCCUGGGCUACCACCAGAGCCGCUGGAAUUACCAGGACGAGGCGGACGUGGAGGCCGUGGAGAGGGGCUUCGAGGAGCACGAGCUGCCCCUGGACGUGCUCUGGCUGGACAUCGAGCACGCCGACGGCAAGCGCUACUUCACCUGGGACCCCGCCAAAUUCCCGAAUCCACGGGGGAUGCUGGAGCGCCUGGCGGCCCGGAAACGCAGGAUGGUCAGCAUCGUGGACCCUCACAUCAAGGUGGACGGGGGGUACCGGGUGCACACGGAGCUGCGGGCACGAGGCCUCUACGUCAAAACCAAGGAUGGCAACGACUACGAGGGCUGGUGCUGGCCUGGCUCCUCGGCGUACCCCGACUUCACGAACCCCGAGAUGCGCGAGUGGUGGGCGAACAUGUUUGCCUACGACCAGUAUGAGGGCUCCACGGAGGCGCUGUUCACGUGGAACGACAUGAACGAGCCGUCGGUGUUCAGCGGCCCCGAGGUGACGAUGCACAAGGACGCGCGGCACUUCGGGGGCUGGGAGCACCGCGAGCUGCACAACCUCUACGGGCUCUACGUGCACAAGGCCACGGCCGAGGGGCAGAUCCGGCGCUCGGGCGGGCGGCACCGGCCCUUCGUGCUCAGCCGCGCCUUCUUCGCCGGCUCCCAGCGCUACGGUGCGGUUUGGACCGGGGACAACACGGCCGAUUGGGAGCACCUGCGGAUCUCCAUCCCCAUGUGCCUGAGCUUCGGGCUGGCCGGGCUGGCCUUCUGCGGGGCGGACGUGGGCGGCUUUUUCCAGAACCCGGGCCCGGAGCUGCAGGUGCGCUGGUACCAGGCCGGGGCCUUCCAGCCCUUCUUCCGCGCCCACGCCCCACCCCAAAUACACACCUGGAAUAACCCCAAAUUCACCUCAAAAACCCACCCGGGAUAACCCCAAAUCCCCCUCCUGCCCACUGCCUUCUACCACUGCCACCUCAUCCCUGUCAUGAGGCCCCUGUGGAUGGAAUUCCCAGAUGACCCCCAGACCUUUGCCAUGGAUGACCAGUACCUGCUCGACCGGGUGCUCCUGGUGCACCCCGUGACAGAGCCGGGUGCCCGUGGGGUCAACGUGUACCUGCCUGGGGAGGGAGAGGUCUGGUACAAUGACGAGACCCACGAGCAGCACCGGGCGCCCCAGACCCUCUAUGUGCCCGUCACCCUCAGCACCAUCCCGGUGUUCCAGCGGGGUGGGACGGUGAUCCCGCGCCAGGACCGGCCUCGCCGCUCCACCGAGGCCAUGAGGGGCGACCCCUUCACCCUCUACGUGGCCCUGAGCCCCCAGGGCACGGCGCAGGGGGAUCUGUACCUGGAUGAUGGCGUCAGCUUUGACUAUGACACCAAAAACGCAUUCCUACAUCGACACUUCAGCUUCGCCAACGGCACCCUCACCUCCAGCUCCGCUGACCCCCGCGGGUCCAUGUCCACCCCGGCCUGGCUGGAGAGAGUGGUCAUCCUGGGGGUGGGGCGGCCGGAGAGCGCCCUGCUGACCACCCACGGCGGUUCCCAGACCCCGCUGCAUUUCCAGCACGACCCCGAGCGCUCGGUGCUGACCCUGCGGCGCCCGGGGGUCCCCAUCGGGGCUGACUGGAGCAUCUCCCUGCGAUAAUGGACGGGGGGGGCCCCCGGACCCCCCCCCUAAAUCCCC